AUGGUCGAAUCAACUGGUCCAGUUCAAACAAUCGAAGAUGAGAGAACUCGUGCACUUAAUGGCUAUCGUAGAAAAUUGGCCGAAUGUCGAGACAUUGAACAAAAACUGAAAGAAUUGAGAAAAAAAGAGACUGAAAUGCAAAAACAAUUCGAUAAAUCAGAAAAUGAUAUCAAAUCGUUGCAAUCGGUUGGACAAAUUGUUGGAGAAGUUUUGAAACAAUUGAGCGAAGAAAAAUUUAUUGUUAAGGUAUUUUCAAUUUUAAUAAAUCAAAAAAUAGUAACUUGAAUCAGGCAACAAAUGGACCUCGUUAUGUUGUUGGUUGUCGUCGAUCAAUUAACAAAGAAGAGUUGAAACAAGGUACUCGUGUAUCAUUGGAUAUGACAACUCUCACAAUUAUGCGUCAAUUACCUCGCGAAGUUGAUCCACUCGUUUAUAAAAUGUCACACGAAGAUCCUGGAAACAUUAGUUAUGCUGAUGUUGGAGGUCUUGCUGAACAAAUCCGAGAACUUCGUGAAGUCGUCGAACUUCCUCUCAUCAAUCCAGAACUUUUCAAGCGUGUCGGAAUCACUCCACCAAAAGGAUGUUUAUUGUUCGGUCCACCUGGAACUGGAAAAACUCUUCUAGCGAGAGCUGUAGCUUCUCAACUCGAUUGUAAUUUCUUGAAAGUUGUUUCAUCAGCGAUUGUAGAUAAAUAUAUUGGAGAAUCGGCAAGAAUGAUUCGUGAAAUGUUCAAUUAUGCAAGAGAUCAUCAACCAUGUAUUGUAUUCAUGGAUGAAAUUGAUGCUAUUGGUGGUCGUCGUUUUUCUGAAGGUACUUCUGCUGAUCGAGAAAUUCAACGUACUCUUAUGGAACUUCUCAAUCAACUUGAUGGUUUCGAUUCUCUCGGUAAAGUCAAGGUAUGUUUACAGGAUGAAAUAAAAAAUAAAUAUUUAUUUAAGCUAUGCUUGUUUUUUUUAAGGUAAUUAUGGCUACAAAUCGUCCAGAUACUCUUGAUCCAGCUUUGCUUCGUCCAGGACGUCUUGAUCGUAAAAUCGAAAUUGGACUUCCAAACGAACAAUCCCGUUUGGAAAUCUUGAAAAUUCACUCGAAUAAAAUCACCAAACACGGUGAAAUUGAUUUUGAAGCUGUUGUCAAAUUGUCCGAUGGUUUCUCAGCUGCCGAUCUUAGAAAUGUUUGUACAGAAGCUGGUCAGUUUUUUUUCGAAAAAUCUCAAUAUUUCAAUUUUAAAAAUAUUUCCAGGUAUGUUUGCAAUCCGUGCUGAACGCGAGUAUGUGAUUGAUGAAGAUUUCAUGAAAGCGGUCAGAAAAGUUGGAGAUGCUAAACGUCUUGAAACAAAAUUGGAUUACAAACCUGUUUAA